GAAGUCAUAAUCCCAAGAGAUAAAAAUCCGGGUCAAGAAAAAAUGAUGGCAUGGGAUGUAAAGCAGACCAGAUUGUUUUUUAAGUGGGAAGGGGGCCUCAUGCUUACAACAUGGUGAGAGACAAAAAGAUGUGUGGUGAAAAAUAUUACCUCGGGAGUCAGCUGGAAUAUCUACUCAACUCUUCGAACCUGUAUAAAGUUAGAGUAAUACUUUUUAAUGGGUGUUGUACAUGGCUUGGAUGUGUAGAAUCGAUUGCUGGUGAUUUGCAUGAAUUCAUGUGUCUACAAGGGGUCCAGCAUAUAGAUGCAGUUACUGUAAAUCGUCUAAGUUAACUAUUUGUCUAUGAUAGGAUCUGGUUGGUACAGACAUCAUUCAUUCUGCAGAAGAAGUCUUGUGACUAUCUCCACAUGGGCAGUGUGAGGAGCAAUCUUCAGAAGUUCCCCUAUCUCAAAACCUAGGAUUCACCCAGCACCAGAGACAAGAUCUCACUAGUAAUCCGACCUGGCCUUGAACUGCCUGAAGCUUCCCGAGUUCUGGAAUUAUAGGUGGCGACUGAAAAAUUUUGACCCGUGGCCCGCACGAGCUAUAUAUACCUCGUUGAGUUGAAACAGCUGGGGCAGACUUGUUUACACGUUGGAAAGCACUUUCUCCAUACACCUGCUCUGUUUUCUCAGAGACCAGGAAGCGGUCUCCAGGGAGAGCCUCAACUCAAUGGCAGGAGGAAAAGAGAUUUGCACGGUUCAGUAAACUGAACAAGUUCUAGCACAGUCAAAUUCCGACGCGAUGCUGAACGUAGUGGCUAUUUAAUCGGUGGUCUGAGUUGACCCGCAUUGGACUGGGGUUCACAACAUCGCGUUGGGAGUUCUCAGGCCCCGUGUCCGAAUUUUGAACGUUCACUCCCACGCAGAGGUCUCAGAACUCCGGAAGAUAACUUAGGCACAGACACUGUGGCGCCACUGGGCAGAUCUGCCAAAUUUUAAGUCAUGCUCCCUGCAGUGCCUUUAGCUAGGUUCAAAAAGAAAAGAGGCACCCACGAAAUGAACGUUCAGCAAGCGGCUCCCUUCGGCCAGUGCUUUCUUUGCACCUGCACGUCUCCAGGAUGGCACGGAACAGAGUGCAAACCCGUCGGCAGGGUUCAGCGGGGGAGCAAGGGGGGUGGGGGGAUGCUAAGAGGAGAAAAAGCUCCCAGCUUGCAGAACCAGCUCUCCCCUCACAGGCGCAUCCCGGAGGAAAAGCUGGGCGUCUCGGGGCACCCAGCCGUGCACGCAAACUCUGUGCGCCCGCCCACCGAGCCGGCGAGCGAGCGCACGCGCGCGCGCUCAGGCCCCGCCCGCCCGCCGGCCGCGGGAAAACCCGGCCGCGGAGCUGGCGCGGGCCCGGCAGCGCCAGCGCGUCGUCGCACGCCCGCCGUUGUUGUGGUAGCGCCGGCCACGUGACCGCCCGACCGCCUCUCCGGCGCGCCGUGCCGCCUCACCGUGACUCAGCACUCUGCGCGGGCUGCUCGCCCUCCGGGUCUGGUCCCGAGCGGAGGCUGUCGCGUACCCACAGGAAGGUCGUUGUCGUAGCAGCCGUUUCAGAGACGCAAGUCCGGACCGCGCGUCGGUCUUCGGGCGUCACGCGAUUACGUUUCCUCGUUGGCGGCUUUGCUGAGAUCCUGGGAGGGGAGCGGAGGCGCUGUGCCCUGGGGACUCGAGCUCCCCUGGGUCUGAGCCGGUGCCUAAUGGCCUCCAGCGGGUUUUAAUAAACUGCCCUGGGCUGCGUCUGCCUUAUGCCACACACUUCAGUUUUAGGGGAAGCCAGAGAGUGGACCUAUUUACAGAGUUUUAUCAGUGAGGCCAUUGAGACCCAAAAUUAGGGACCUCUCCCUUCUCAUCUGCUAUAAGUGAGUCUGAAGGUUAGGUUUCCCCUUCAUCCUAAACCUUCUCUGUUGCCAGUACUACUAAAAGAGUUGAGGACGUGUAAAUAUUUUUGCACUGUGUAGUAUUUGAGCUCUUGCCGUUGAGAUGUGCCAACAUUUAAAUGAAAAUGCAAAGCUCUUGUGAGUGAUGUGUUUUGUUGUUCGAGAUAGGGUUUCAAGUGGCCCAGGCUGGCCCCAGAUUUACUGAGAGCAAACAUAGGCUUGACCUCCAGAUCCUCCUGCCUCUACCUCUCAUCUGCUGACAUCACACACCCUGCCUCUUUCUUUAGUUUAUUUAGACUUUUGAAAAGUAGAAGUGGGCUUGUCUUCGUGUAGUUGGGAAGAUUAGUAAGUGAUGAAGACCCGUAGGAAACUGGAGGAGAUGUAAGAGCAAGACAUGAUGCAGGCUCUCCCAGGACAUGGUGGGUGGGUUGCUGGACACGUAGGCGAACUCCCCGUACCUUGUAGAAUCAUUUUCUACCUAAUGAGAUACAGGGGAAGAAGAUAUGGGUGCCAAGUUGAUGGGCUGGGACACGAAGGGCUAAAUCUGCACCUACCAGACUUAAGUCUUUCUUACAAACAUGGUUAAAAAAAUAACCUUUAACUGGGAAAAUUCCCAACACCAUGAAAGCAGAUAUAAUGGAGUACACAUCCAUUCUCUAUUAUUGGUAUCACUAUAUGGCUAGUCCUGUAGCUUAGUGUUGGUGUCUCCUGUCUGUCUGUCUGUCUAUCUAUCUAUCUAUCUAUCUAUCUAUCUAUCUAUC